CUCGCGUAGACACUGUUUAAUGUUAGUUGACGCACAGUGAAUGAGCUAUUGAGUCGCCACCACAAAACAGUCCCCACACUCACAUAAGGGGAUGUGAAACACGAAGUGAUCUUUAAACCAAAAUGAACUCCCAAAUUUACUGCCUGCCCCAGGCUUUAGGGUGGAACACCAUAAGGGGGUUCUCUGAGGAGAAGAUUCUAGAGAAAGAGAAGUAUUUGAACCUCCCCUGUUCCAGACCCUACACCCUCGUCCGGUUCAACGAUGUACAAAAGAAGGACGUCAUAUCGGCUGAGCUCCUCGAGCAGUACCCCCAGCUGUCUGCCAAGUGUCAACACUCCACCGCCAUUGAACUGGACGAGCUGGCUAAGAGGCUGGUCUGGAAAACCACCAAUCAGGAUAUGUACCUGAACCACUUCCAAAUGAAAGAGCGACUUCCCCCCAUCACGUACGAGGUCAAGGCCGACCCGCUGCUCAAGAGCCGCAUUGAGAAACAGCCCCCCAUCUCCGAAGACAAGGCCCCACUGGGGAGCUACAGCAACGAUCCAGAUCGAGGCUUGUAUGAGUGGCGGGAACUGACCGCCCGGCCGGACGCGGGGGUGUGGCAGCCGUUGAAGAGGGUUCCAGUGCUGACGGACGCUGGCACCAGAACCGUCACGCUGCCCAGACUUCGAUACCACGACCCAACAUACGAGAAGGAACGCUGGGACUUUAUCCGGAACCUUGUCCGACACGAUGCUAUAGCUUAUGGAUACCGUAAAGACAACCCCGGCUACACGGGUCACAAGCAGAUGGUGGAGCACAUCUCCUCAGACGUGGAGCUUAGGCAUGGGGACAAGUCUAAUUACCUGACCACAUACAACGCUGUUCACAGGCCACUCCCCGUGUGUGAGUACGUUUUGCCCCUGGAGAGAAACAAGAACUCCCGCCUCGGUCCCUUCUCACGUGUGGUCACCCUCAUCAACCCGGACAACCCGUGCACGGUCUCAGGGGAGCUCGCCCCACCCGUCAUCCUGUGACCUAGUGCUCACCCACCCCACCACGAUACAGGUGCACCUUCAAACGGGAGGUGCGCCUCUAAGUGUAUAAGGCGAUCUUGUUACAACGUGGGAUUUCAACAAAGGAAA